AUGGCUCUUCUUGCAAGCCAUCUGGAGCAGAUUUCUCUAUCUGCCAAGUCUAUAUCUGAGCUGGAAUUUCCUCCUCCUAAGAUCUUUACAAAUGCUCUACUCAAUAACCAGGAGAUUACAACCUUGAUUCGCGACACGGAACCUCACGAGCGUGCGCUCUUCUCAAUCGACCCCAACGCUGUCAAUAGAAGUCGUCCACAGAAUGGCUUCCGUCCUACAGACACAAAAAAUGGUCUGCAAGGUCGUAAAAGUGGGCUUCCUUUGGCGCAUCACAUGAAACAUUCCGCGGUCUCGACGCUACUGGGCAAAGAGAUGCUUCAGGAGAUCAGACAAUCUAGCAGUGGACGAUCUCGUGAGGGAGUCAAUGUUGAAGUUCUCCUCCGAGGUGCAGAACGGCUCUGCGAGGUGUACACCGUGGCGGGAGCAAAAGAUAGAAUCCGAGCCCUCCGCACCCGUCACCGAGAAGUUGCUGGCUCCAUAACAAUACUUGAGGACAAAGUCUCCAGGCAACAAUCCCUUCUAGAGAGCGCAAACCGGGCGUCCAACCCUGAAGAAAUAUUGGAUGAGAAUGAUCUGGGGCAAGACCUCAGUAAGUUCAAUGAUACGCCGAACUUGACGGGCGAAGAUUUCCAGCUCGAAGAGGAAGAGAUACGCCUAUUGGAGGCCAGGAAAAAGACCUUGGAGGAGCGCGUCGCCGGUAUGGAAAGAGACCUCGGUGGGCUUUUGAAGUGA